AUGGUGAACAAGAAGAAUCGGCACGUGUCCAAACCUGCGGCUGCCCGUCAAUCUUCACCACGUUUCUCCGAAACUUCCAGUACUAAUAGUCUUAACUCUAGUAAAACCACUAGUCAUCGUCGUGAUCUGCUCGACGGAUCUAUUCAGGAAAUCUCCCGCCAAACGCUAAUGGAGCGUUUUCAUAAGCGUGGACGUGUAGAAAGCGCUAAUUACGACCAGCAACCGGACAAAAGGUACAACAAAUUGGCAUCUAAUGUAACAAUCUACUCGAAGAAAUCGUCUUUAGCAAGCACAGGAGACAGUGUCGCUUCCAUUGUGCAUUGGGCUAGACGAGGUCCUCAUCAUGCGGCAUUUCAAGCACAGAAAGACUCGUUGACUAGAUCACAUUCAGCGCCUAAUCUCACCGAACAGUCGGAUGACGAAGUGAUAAGUCGAAUUUUUCCCGAUAUUUGCCCUCGCGAAUUGCGAAUUGCAGAAGUAAAGCUUUGGGAUUGUCCGUGGAUGUACAAAAACUAUUUUGUCUCUUCAGAUCCAGAUUUACUAGACAAAACAAAGGGAGAAUCGCUUACACAAACCCUUGAAGACCAUGAAUUGACAUCAGAGUUUGCUCAUCAAAAUACCUCUAGUCCAGCUUCAGUCAUGUUAGCGUCAAGUCAUCAGAGCUUCCAUGCGACGCAAGUGGUUGCAGAUUCAGUGCAAAAUACAGACAAUACGGUCAAUGAGGUAAACGAAGAGAUUGUUUCACUUACAAGACAGCUCUCGCUCGAAGAGAAACAGCAGGGAGUGCUAUCACCGCAUAGUACAACAGAUGUAACAGCGUUAGAAGACACAUCAUCACCUAACUCUGCUACACAAAAAUUACAGUGGAAAGGUGUUGAGUCAACUAAAAGGACGCCAAAUAGUCGUGCUGGUAAGCGCCCACAAUUGCGCUUAAAGCUGGAAGGUAUGCCAACGCCUCAGCAAGCUGAAGAACGAGCCCAGCGAGCGGCGACUCGACUAAUUGCCAAGCGAGAUGCCGUGGAGGCGGCUGCAAUUGCUGCUGCUGGAUCAAUAUCCAAUGCACCAUUUAAUGGCCCAAGUGCAGCACAAGAAGCCAUGAUGAGACUGAACUUUAGCUCAAGUUCUGAGACGGAUCUUCCUUCCCCAAGCGAAUGUGAGCGACAUAGCGCAGGAAGCGCGUACUCUCCCAAUCAUGGAAUGUUCACGACAAAAAACGUUGCCGUAUCCGAGGCUGGUAUCUCAUCUCCCGAUGCUUCAUGUCUUCACCUUCAAGAAAAUCUUGAGCGUGUCAAAGAGAUUGGCCGGGGAGCUUCUGGUGUCGUUUAUAAGGCUAUCCACAUUCCGACACUAAAAGUAGUUGCUGUAAAGGAUGUUCCCGUUUAUGGGCGAGGUCAGAGGCGGCAAAUGGUUCGCGAACUUCAUGCACUUUAUUCCAAUCUUGUGCCGAUGGCAGAGAGCGAUGGUUCGAUGCCCCAGCACUCUGCUACCAGUCAGAGUACCAGCAAAUCCAAACCAAAGCCCAGCCCCUACAUUGUUUUCUUUUACGAUGCGUUUGUCGAUCGACCAAAAAACUCCAUUUGCAUGGUUAUGGAAUAUAUGAGCACAGGUUCAUUACAGGACAUUGUAUUGCGUGGUGGCUGUCAGAAUGAAAAAGUAUUAGUACGACUUGCAACUGGAGUAUUACAUGGCUUAGCUCAUAUUCACAACAAACGGAUGGUCCAUCGUGACAUUAAGCCGCAUAAUCUGCUUACAAACCGACAAGGUGAAGUGAAAAUAUCAGAUUUUGGAUUGGCACGCACUUUAAAUGAUAGUUUUACCACAACGAAAACGUUUGUGGGCACACUUCUGUACAUGGCACCUGAACGGAUUGGUGGUGGAGAUUAUUCCUAUCCGGCUGACAUAUGGUCGUUUGGUCUUGCUUUGAUCUCCGUCGCAUUGGGUCGAUAUCCACUCCCGACCCAGGACGGAUUUUUUGGUUUGGUUGAUUCUGUUACUAAUCAGCAAUGCCUGAAAUUGCCAGUCGAAGUAUUCUCCGAGGAAUGCCGCUCCUUUCUCGAUCAGUGUCUUACAAUUAAUCCAGACAAGCGCCCAUCAGCUGAAAUUCUUCUCCAACAUCCUUUUAUUUUAAAAUACACUGCCGAAGAAACUAUUGCAGAGGUAAUCUUUUUAGAGAGUACGAUGAUUAUUUUGACAUUUAAUUUGUGGAUGAAGUGGACAUCGUUUGUUGACAGGAUACAUCUUUGUGACGAGCGAUGUACUGAGUUAGAAGCCUUAAGUGACGCCGUCUAUCGACAUAUGUAUGAACAUUCGGUGAAGUUUUCGCACCAGCCCCAGUCCGACUACGGUGUGUCUUUUGUAUCGCAAGCAACACCGGCAUUUUCUCGACGACAUAUAUCUCUUCAACCAGUUCAAAUGAGCUUACAGCUUGGUUUAGCCAACCACCUCGAUGUUCCUGUGCACAUUGUAUACGAAAAAUUCGAAGAGAAACGAGGUUUUUAUGGUGAUAAAUUGCUCGAAGAUUACUGCUAUUCUCCACAAAGCUGGACGGCCUCACCUGGUAUUUCACGGCGCCAGCAAUUUGGUAUUGGGUCUGAUAGCCCACAGCGCACACCAAGCGAUAAAAGCUCAUUUUGGAGAAAAUUGCAAGAAAGUAUGGCGAAACUUGGUCAUAACAAACGCAGGAAAGAGCGAGGAAGAGGACGCUCGUCGACAGGGACGUAG